CGUGGGCGUGUUCUCGCCGGGACAGAUUUCGAGUUUGAAAUCUUAGUUUAAAGCUGUCACCCGGUGACAGAAGCUCUCAAUCCGCCCGCCGGUCGACUUGACAUGGUGUUGUGAUGGCCCUGGAAAACGCCGUCGAAAAGCGGACCUCCGCCUUCCACAGGAUCGACCUCCUGACGAGGCCGGAGAAGUUCCCGGGGGUCUUGCCCCGGCUCCCGGCAUACUCGCCAGGCAAGGAGUCCAUCUAUCCGAGCAGCAAGGAAUCGCCGCCCCCGGCACAGCCCGAGCCGGCUCCCACGCUCUCCUUCUCAGUGGACAACAUCCUCAGCCCGGAAUUCGGCAAAGUCGCAAGGAGGGUAGCAGCCUCUCUACCUCAGUCGGCCUGCCCCAGGAAAGGAGUAGAAGAAGUCCCGUCGCCUACGAAAAUCGACCCCGUCAUCCCGGACGAUCCGAAUGGACCCGUUUGGCCCGCCUGGGUCUAUUGUACCAGAUAUUCUGACCGACCUUCUUCAGGCCCGAGGUCGCGGAGGAUUAAAAGAAAAGACAAGGCAAAAGAAGAUAAGAGGCCGAGGACUGCAUUCUCCGGCGAGCAGCUGGCAAGACUUAAGUCCGAAUUCAGCAUCAACAGGUACCUGACGGAGAGAAGAAGACAGGCGCUGGCCGGUGAGCUGGGCCUGAACGAGGCCCAGAUCAAGAUCUGGUUCCAGAACAAGAGGGCCAAGAUCAAAAAAGCCUCCGGGUCCCGGAAUCCCCUGGCGCUUCAACUCAUGGCCCAGGGUCUUUACAACCAUUCGACAGUACCUAUGUCGGACGAAGAAGACGACGAGAAUUCAAUGCAGAACGGUUUGUCCCAUUAGACCGGACCUCGAUCUCACACUUGUGCUGCACCUCCUCCACUUGUCCUUACCUCAUGACUUCUUGCGGCCAAGGAAGAAACGACCUGCAGCCACGUUGGCCAACUGUAGUAUUGUGUAUUUAUUGUAUUUAUUUUAUUUGUAAAGUUUGUAAUUUAGUUUCUGUUUUCUGAUUCCGUCGCUUUAGGUUUUUUCUGGCAAUAGUUCAACUAGAAAGAUUUUAGAUAUUUUUGGAAAUAUAAGCUUGCAUAUGCAAUCGGAAUGCACUAUUGUAUUAUCUACUUUGUAUUUUACGAAAAAUACAUAAAAACUCAAUUUAAAUUCUGAUUGCAUGUAUAAGUUAUAAAGCACUGAAUGCAAUUUGACUUUUUGCAAAUAGGAUUCAUAUGAAGAUAUUUGAAAUACAAACUUUACUCAUGGGUAAAUUUAAAAAAAAUCUUCUCAACAAUUUUUUAAUAAAGAAAGAAUUUUAUGAGAAAAGAUGUGCAAAUAUUUCACUUGUAGCGAAAUAAUCACAAUGAAAUCUUCCCGUGAAAUUUCAAGUAGGAUGAAAGCUAAAUGUAAAUAAUUGUAAAAGCGUUAAAAUGAUGACGAUGUACAAAAUAAUCACUGUUGGACUUGGCUUUUCUGAGUUUAAACGCUGAUGAACUGUGUGUAUAUAAAAUUGUAUCAACUUUUUGUUUUGAUACACGAAAAAAAUGCUAGUCAAUGUAAAUAGAAAAAAA